AUGUCAUGUACGAGCAACACAAGUUCCGGGAAUAACCGUACUCCAUUUGCACACUGCACUUGUCUUGCCAAGGCCCACCUCAUGGCAGCAAUUUACAUGUUGAUAAGGAUGCUAGGUCACGUUCGCUCUGGACACAUCUUAGCACUGAUAGGCGAGGGCUUACAAAGUCAAUAUACAUCAUCCUCCGACAACCCCAUCGCAAAUGGUAGUGUUGACAAGAGAUGCGUGCCAUGUGUGCUCGAAUAUCCCACGGGCAUCAAGGCCGAUGACAGCAAUGCCGUGGUCAAGGACCCCGGGAUAUCUUGGACACGUGAGAUCCACCCUUCUGAGCUGUACCUUCCAAAGACAGAGGCAUGGUUUCUCCCGCUUGGACUAGUCGAUGCGGAGAAACGGCAUUGGUGGAGCACACUCCACCCGUACCUUUCGCAAGCACGCGACAACUGCGGAUUCCUCGCCCUUGGACUUCGCCUUCGCGACACAGAGCAAAAUUUCCAGAAUAAACUAGAGUCAAGGGUGCUAUCUGCCGUCAUACCCAAGGCGGUCAUCCGAAAUCGCACUGGGCGGGCCGUUUCUUAUCAAGCUAUCUCCGCACUAGCCCCCGACAAUCCUUCAACAACCAGAUGCGCCGAUCCCACCCUUCACGUCCCACAGCCGAACCACUCACACGCCAUGCCACUGGUCCCAUGCGACGUCGCAUAA